UGACAGCGUCUGGUAACGUCGACCGCGCUUUGAUCCAGACCUCUGCGAUGAGAGGCGCGUCACUUCCUCGCCCGAUGCCCAUCCCUUUGGAAAAAAAAAAAAAAAAGAAACCUCACGCACGGAGCAACGACGGCGAGAAAAGAGCGAGGGAAACGCCGAGAGGGAAGGGAAAGUCAAACGCCAGAUGAAAAAGCUGGACACCGAGGAGGGAGCCAAGCAAACGCCGCAAUAACACCUUCUAAAUCAUGCCACUUCACAAAUCAGCACGGGCCCGUCUGGACCCUACCAUGAUCUCAGCCCCACUGGGUGACUUUCGCCACACAAUGCACAUUGGGAGGGGAGGUGACACCUUUGGAGACACCUCCUUCCUGUCCAAUGUUGGUCCAUCCAGUCCAUCCAGCCCAUCCAGCCCAUGCAGCCCAGAGCCGAGGAGUCCGGCGAUCCAACCUGCUGCUGAACCUAUGGUGGCCGUCAACCACAGUGUUGUUCAUAAACCCCCCCCACGAAGCCCUCAGAGCAUCGACCUUCAUCACUCUGACUCAGAGUCAUCAUUAACGCUGGAUCUGGACCUUGACCUGGAUCUGGGUCCAUCGAUGCUGGGAGAUGUAUUAGGGGUCAUGGACGGAAUGGGUCUUGACUCAAAUGACGAUGAUGUGCUCAGUACCAAAAAAGAUAAAUCCCAAGUGGAAAAGCAAGAAAAAGCCGGCGUGGAAAUGUCUGUGAGCAUGCAGAAUGAGCUUAAUGGAAAGAACUUGGUUGGGCUGGAUGGGAACCAGGUUCCAGACAACAGACUCCCAGAUGGAAAUGGAAUCAAGUUAAAGGGGCUAAAACCAAAAGUGAGAUUUAGUGACAAACGAGAGGAGAUAAUUCGCCAGGCAUCUGAAGAGGAAGAGAGUCAAGGCUUUGACCUCCAGGAGGAAAAUCAGCAGGUGUGUCUUAGUCCAACAAGGGGCGAGAGUCACACAGGUGAAAAUGAGUUGAGCAAUCAUAAGGCAGAGUUGCCACCUAGUCCCUCUUCAUCACAUAGCUCAGAGUAUGAAGGAGUCACCCUGGACAGGAGGAGGGUCGACGUUUGCCACUCAGAGACUGAUACGGAGGAGGAGGAAGAGGAGGAGGAGGAGGAGGAGGAGGUAACUGGUCGAGGCUACACAUUUGAAGAUGAGCUGGAUGAUGAAAUAGGCCUAUAGGGGAUAUUUGCUGUCAGUUUAAUCAAGUAUACUGUAUUUUCCUUGACUCAUAUCUGCAUUAUUUGAGUGGGAGUAAAGACUAUAUCUAAAUGCAAAGUGUAUUUUUCAAGGCUCAGUUAAAGGGAUGCAGUUAAGAUGAUGAUGCUAAACUGAAGAAGACAUUUAUGUUCUAUGUACCAGGGUAACAGGUCUUUUGGAGACUUCAUGUCAUUUAAGUUCUUACAGUGAAAGCUUUGUAGCACUGAUUUAACCUCUGCUCGGUGGAGAGCUUGGUUCAGCCUUAAAGAAUGAUGCCUGCAUUGUUACUUUUUAUUAUGUCUUAUAUAUAAAAAUGCACACAACAGAUGCUGUGUGCAUUGUGUUUGAUGAGCUUCGUGUGCCUUAAAGGGAGCUGUCCGCUUCCCUAUUGUACCCUAUCAGUGUCCUAUUAGUUAUUCUUCAUAUUGCAUGUUUAUUACAAUCGCUAUCUUUACAAAAGCUUUACAAACAACACCCACGGACACAUUGUCAGAAAACAAAACCUGUGUAUAAUUGAUUACUGUGAAUUUGACACAUUCCAAAUCUGACAGUGUUUCUCUGGCUUCAGACCAAAGAUUAUCUGUCUGCAGUUACUUUGCACGUUGUUAAAUCUGGGGUCCUCGGGGCCGAACUGACACUAAUGUGCGAAGUCCUGGGAUUUAAUGAUCACACUGUAAAUCAUGACCAGCAGUGUAUUUUUGUACAUGCUUUUGGCUUGUAUAAUGCUUUUAUUUGAUCAUGCUGUAAAUGGGAGAGAUCAUUGUGAUCAUCUGCUAAAAGUGCUGGUUGAAACACUUGUGAUUUAAUGAGGAUUAUGGUGACAAACAAUAAAACCUCUUUCUGGAAUUCAAAA